AUGGAGGCCCGGUCCUUGUUGACGGUGACUUCGCUCUCUGGAGAUGACCGUACAGCUCUGAAGAAAGGCAACAUCUUGACCGUCGCAGACCUCAUGUUGACUUCGCCAGGAGACCUGGUGAAAAAGUGCAGGUUUUCCCUGAAUGAGGCGCAAAAAAUAGUGGACCUGGUCUGUAGGGAACUCGCCCACCAGCCUCGCAUGCUCGAGGAUGUUGUGGAGGAGGGGGAAGAGAAGUUCACAACCGGAGAUCUGCGACUGGAUGAAACGCUCGGCGGUGGCAUUCGGCCAGGAAUGCUGUGGGAGGUCGUCGGGGAAAGUGCUGCGGGCAAGACUCAGCUCGCGCUCCAGCUCUGCUUGAUGGUUCAGCUACCUCUAGAGCUAGGCGGCCUUUCAGGCUCUGCCUGCAUCCUGACGACGUCUGCCCAUCUGCCCACUACCCGCCUCGUCGAAAUCGCCGAUACCCACGCGCUGCUCUCGUCCACGCAUUGUGGGCUCUCCGAUAUCCACACCAUUAAGACGCCCGAGAUACCCAUCCUCCUACACGUCCUCUCAACGACACUGCCCACCUUCAUCUCACAGCAAGCCUCCCGGGACGGCGCGAAGCCCGUUAAGCUGCUCAUUGUCGACGCACUCACGGAGCUCUUCCACUCGGAUAGCAAGACAUCGAAGCACACCCUGUUUGAGCGCUCCAAGAACCUUUCCGAAAUCUCUGCACUCCUGUACGAUCUCACACGCCGGCAUCGGCUCGCGGUGCUUGUGCUGAACGAGGUGAUCGACGUGUUUGGCGCUACGCUCGAGGCCGAUGCCGGCUUCACAGGCGACAUGCUCUACCGCGACCAAGCGCGCUUCUUCGGGCGCGCGGACAGCGUGCCAGGCGAGGAGCGAAAGGAGGCCGCGCUCGGGCUCGUAUGGGCGAACCAGGUUAAUGCGCGCAUCAUGAUGAGCCGCACGGGCAGAAUGCGGCACAUCGAUGUCAGCAACCUCGCGAGCAGUAGGCGGAAGCGUCGCAGGCUCGAGGAUGCGUCGGACGGUGCGCAGCGUGUUGGCGACCUGCCCAUGUUCGUCCGCCGGCUCAGCGUCAUUUUCAGCUGCGUCGCCCUACCGGCAUCCUUGGAUUAUGUCGUCUGCGACCAGGGCAUUGUGACCGUCCCCGAGGAGCCCGCAUUCCCUGAGCCUCCGCGGGCUGUUAGCACUGAGAGUGUGAUCGCCCCAGGUCCAACGGCAACGCCAGCGCAAACGCCCUAUGAUGUAUCUCCGUACGACGUUGGCCUUAUUUCAGGCAACCCCAAAUUGGUCGAUAGUAACGCCCAGCCAGCCGAAGACGCAGGCCCAGCCGCGGAAAGUAUAGAGGCAGAAGAUGGGCCCCGUGCAGACGAGGAUGAGUGGGAUCAGUACUGGAAAGACGCAGACACGGACGACAGCCUGUACAGACAUGUAGAUACUUACCUUGCCCCACCAAUUAACGCAACACCAGAUUAA